AUAGUCCCUUAAUUUUCGCACGCGACGCUGCUGCAAUACAUUGUGUCUUUACUCAGGAUUGUAAUAUAUUAAUAUACAAGCAUUUUGUACGGAAAUGUACUAAAGCGGAAGCAAAGCAAUGGAUCCGAUACCCGAGACUGAGAGUAAAGAAGUCGACAUUUAUCGGGACACAUGGGUUCGGUACUUGGGAUAUGCCAACGAGGUGGGCGAGGCGUUUCGUGCCCUCGUGCCCGUCAGCAUGGUGUGGGCGAGUUACGCAGUUGCAACAGCAUACGUAUCGGCGGAUGCAGUGGAUAAAGGCAAGAAGGCAGCUGCAGCUCAUGGUGAUCACCCGGGGAAGACUACACGUGUAGCUGUUGCUGUAGUGGACACGUUUGUGUGGCAGGCGUUGGCGUCCGUGGCCAUUCCCGGCUUCACCAUCAACCGUGUGUGUGCUGCUUCACUCUACCUGCUGGGCAAAACUACACGGUGGCCUUUACCCGUGCGCAAGUGGACAACCACCGCCAUCGGCCUUUCUACCAUCCCCUUCAUUAUCAAACCCAUAGACAGGUCUGUAGACUUCCUCCUGGACUCCAGCUUGAGGAAGGUGUACGGUGAAGGAGAAAAGCACGAGUGAAGCCGAGCUACACGUCCAUGUAAAACCUCAUCAGAGCACAGCAGCGUAAUAAAGUAGACCGUUUUUAUAAGGCACAUUAUACUUGUUAAGAGUCUGAAUCAAUCAUAGAAACACUUAUUUUUAUUACGUAUCGAGACACCACAAUAACAUAUUUUAUUACACGUCACACAUACUGUAAAUGUGGAGCUGUAUUACUGAGCUGCCGAUGAACAACUAUAUUCUCUUGCACAGGAUUCUGGGAAAGUCACUUCAUUCUUUUUUCUUUUUUUUUUUUUUUUAACAGUUACGUUGAACGUUUUCCAUCCGACACCUCUAUGUAUUUGUCUUGCAAAUCAUUAAUCGGUUAAAUUCAUAGCCAAAGUCAAUGAAAACGUUACUAUGAAGGGGUUAUUAAUUUUCUGACACAAUCUGUGUAUAAUAUUUGGCUCUGUUGUACCUCAGUGCAUUACAUCCAUAGCUGUCAAAGCAGAAAGUUGAGAGCAAACUAUGCAAAAAGACGUGAAGCCAUAAGCUGCAAAUAUCUACAUUUGACCUGCAUUUUAAAGCUUUUAACUCGUAAACUCAUCCCAGCAUAGAGGUCAAAUGACAAGAAACAGAACUAGUGACUAUUUUUUCAUUCCGCAGGUGAACUGUAUUACUUUCUCUAUAUCUGAAUAGUCAGCGUAUCGUAUUCCGUGUCCACAUGCAUCUGGAACUACUCUGAAAAACAGAAGAAAAAGAGUAUUUAUCUGUUUACUUGGUGUUUAUUUUUAACAGGGACAUUUUUAUGUUUUAAUGUUUUGUUAUGGGGCUUCAGAAAUAUUAGGAUAAAAUGUGACACUAAACAUUGAGAAGGGUUUAUUUUUUUAAAUUCAUUUAUGACUGUACAGUGAUGGCAUUCGGGGAUUUUUUUUUUAAAGAACUCUGGUGUGAGGCAUUUAUUUAAAAAGAUAUCUAGAUGUUUAAUAUGUAAUAAAAAUAAAAAAUAAAAAUGCUGCAACAAAGCCUAUAAUAAAGUGUAGUAUAAAGGAACAAGCCUUACUUUUAGUCUUGCUGGAACCUGAUGUUUAAUGGCUGGCAGGACAAAGUGUGACCCAAACAAUUGUCUGUUGUACUAUUUUUAAAAAAAAAAAGAAAG